AAAGCGGAAUAUAAGGGCUGCUCUGUGGGGGGAACCUGGAGCUGAGCAGGGGUAAUUCAUGUCGCUAUGUGCCGCUUUUAGGCGCGCGGUUGGAAGGUAGUGGCCAAAGCUUCGCAUCCAGUGUCCGUGCGUCGUCGACGUCCGGCAUGGAGCAGGUAAGCUGCAGCUGGUGUUUGGAAACGAGGCGGGUUUGAGGACUCUGCUGUAAAAAGACUGCCUUCUCCAGAAUAUGCCUUGUCUCCACGGUAACAGGCCUCAGGCAGACCCAGAAAAACAUUGGGCCAAACUGGUCCAGCUUUGUCCCGCCUACCUGAUCCUGGACUGCACUGAAGAAGAUUUUAACAAAAGUUAUACAGUUAAUGACUCCAAAUAUGACCGUACAUCCUAUAUUUUCCUUUGUAUUCCAGAUAUUUCUGUCAGUUGGAGUCUGCUCCCAGAACCCAGUAUGCCUUAAACCUAAAACUUUCUUUCUAUUCUAACUUGAGAGAACCUUAAAAAAAUAUUACUUGGUUUUGGGAUCACAAUGCAAAGGGCUGUUUAUACUAUUUAAAUAUAUUCUGAAACUAAGAGAUGAAAAGUUGCUGUCUGUGAUUCAAGAUUAUCCCAGAUCAUUAUGUCGGGGAUUCACUCACUCUCAAUCAGGAGGUCCUAAACUGUGCAGCAGCAGACCCAGAUUGGUCUGAAAGGAGUCCUAAACCAGGGCCGGGAUGCACCAGCUGUUCAGCCAGGUGCUGGGUCAGAGAGAUCUGUCCAGAGCGGGAGAUCUGUUCUCUCUGGAGGAUGCAGAGAUUGAAGACUGUCUGUCUCAAGCUCUGGACCAGAUCAAGGUCAUCUCCUGCUCUCCGGACUAUUUGACCAAUGACAAUGACCAGGCUGUGGUGGAGAUUUGCAUAACUCGCAUCACUACGGCCAUAAGGGAGACCGGCUCCAUCGAGCGACACAGCACGGCUCUGGUGGGACUGUGGGAGUCGUGCCUGGAACAUAACCUCACCCCGCAAGGUGAAAACACAGAGGACACACCGCACGCUAAGAUAGCGUCUGACAUCACCAGCUGUAUCCUGCAGAACUACAGCUGUCCGUCGGUCAUGGUUCUGGCUGUCCCAGUAGCAGUAAGGUUCCUGCAGAGAGGGAACAAGGAGCUGAGCAGGAACAUGUCCAGUUAUCUCUCCCUGGCUGCUAUAGCGAAGGCUGAUCUGCUGGCUGAACACACAGAGGCCAUAACAAUCAGUGUGCUGGGAGGUAACCACAUGCUGUUACGAGUGCUGCCCUCCGUCUAUCCUAGACAACCAGACACCAUCCACCGUCACCUAGACAACCUUACUGCCAUGAUGUCACAGCUGGAGUCUCCAGAGCAACAACACCUUAUCAGACUAAUUCAAGUAGUUGCUGAGCAACAUCCACUCAUGUUGAGCCCUCAGGUGCCUACGCUGGUCGGUUACCUAGGUGACCAGUCCCUGACUGAGGCUCUACUGGGUUCUCUUGUGGACGUGUCACAGGCCAGUCCUUCCUCAUUGGUCAGCUUUUUGCCUGCACUGAGGAUUGUGGGACAGCAGUGUCCUGCUUUCUUGGGUCAUGUUGCCAAAAUCCACAGUGCUGUGGGCAUCAUCAGUGAGACUCAUGCUCACAGCUCAUUGGUCUACCUGGUGUCCCUUCUGGGCAGCAUGGACCACAGCUUUCACCACACCCUGCUGCUGGAGAUCAGAGCUCUGACCGACCGUUACCCGUCUUUACUGGGAGGCUGCGGCAAAGACAUCUACAGGAUGAGCAACUCUUUCACUGCUAUAGCCAGACUGCUGGGAAGACGACUGGAGGAGAAAACAUCCACACACUGCAGGGUGGAUGAGGCGUGUCCGUCUCCCCGGGCAGCUCUUCCGGGCGGAGGAGAGUCAGAGCAGCAGCUGCAGGUGAAGAUCCAGGCCUUUGAGGAGAAAAUGGGGGAGGCGGGGGAGGAGGAGGAGGUGGAGGAGGACUCUCCCGCCCCCCAGCGGCGCUACAGCCUGAGCCAAGCCGUCAGGGAGGAGAGACGUGAGAUGAGAUUCAACAGGUCAAAGAGUCUGGCUCUCCACGCUGUACGUUCGCGCUCCAUCAACUCCGACACCGGGGAAGAUGGUGAAGGAGCAGAGCUGAGUGCAGACAACGCUCUGUCCAACACUUUGUCUAAUCACCGCUCGGAACACCAGGAAGCAUCACCUGCUGAGAGGAGAGUGACUGGUGACGGCUCUCUGCCCGUCACUGCUGCACUGGACAGAGGAGUUAAAGAGGCUGAGAAAGGCCAAAACAAAGAGACGGAUGGAGAGAAAGUGGAGCAGGGAGAAGCUGACAGACUCUUCAUUCAUUUAAGAGACAAUAUGGAGGCAAUCAGAGGGUUCUGCAAAGACAUGGUGCAGCAGAUCCCCAUACCGGAGCAGUGUGUCAUAGAAGAUUCACAUCGAGGCUGUGUGGCCAAGCUGUCGUUCUCUUGUCCGUUGAAGGGCCACUACUGUCUGUACGCCAAGUCCUGCUUCAACCUGACCAGCCGACAACCUCAUCUUUGGAUCCACAUCAUGCUGCUGCAUCUACAGAGUAAGUCCAGCGUCGCUCUGUGCACCAGCGAUGAGUGUGUCCAAAGACUGGCUUCCCUUUGGGAGAAGACGCAGCUUAAAGGAGCUCACAGCUUUUCUAUGGCCAUGACACAGCACACCACCCCACACAGGAAGGACCUGGACAAUCUUCAGAUCCAGCUGGAGGAGGUGCGUUUCUUUGACCUGUUCGGUUACAGUGAGGAAGAAGGAGGUUGGCUCUGCUUCAUGUGUAACAACCCUGAGAAAGCCACAGUUGUGAACCAGGAGGGACAACCUCUAAUCGAAGGGAAGCUCAAGGAAAAGCAGGUCCGCUGGAAGUUUAUUAAACGCUGGAAAACCCGUUACUUCACCUUGGCAGGAAAUCAGCUACUCUUCCGGAGAGGCAAAUCAAAAGAUGAGCUGGAUGACAUCCCCAUUGAGCUGAGCAAGGUGCAGAGUGUCAAGGUGGUGGCCAAGAAGCGUCGGGAUCGGGGUCUGCCGCGGGCCUUUGAGAUCUUCACCGACAGUAAAACCUACGUGCUGAAAGCUCAGGAUGAGAAACACGCUGAGGAGUGGCUGCAGUGCAUCAACGUGGCUGUAGCUCAGGCCAGAGAGAGGGAGAACAGAGAAGCCACCACCUACCUUCCACCAUGGACCUGCUUAUAGGUGUGUGUGACACAUCCAUCAGUGAUUCUACACGAAUGUUACAGUAUGUGGUUUAAGGUCUGUUUUAAGAUCUUCACCUGACUGGACCAAACAGUAUGGAAACUGAAAAUCUUCUCAAAUUUGGACUCUCGCUUCAACGAGCAAACAAAACCAGCAUCUGCAGACUCUUGGGAUUUCUGAACUCAAUGAUGCAUGAUGACUGACUUGUGUUUGAGUCGUAUUUAGCAAUAAAGGCUUACUAGAAGCACAGACCUCGAACGGACUCAUAGCAAUAAUGAGACUGAACAGUUCCUCUUGAAAGCAGGAAGGAUGAGGAGGAGCCUAAUGGACAGCAGAUGGAAGGCCAUUCGAUACUAGAAUAUUGUGUGUGUGUGUGUGUGUGUGUGCGUGUGUGUGUGUGUGCGUGCGUGCGUGUGUGUGUGUUUGUGAGUGAGUGCAAUGUGGUCUUAAGCGAAUAGUUCAACAUUUCAGGAAACAUGCUUAUUCACUUUCUUGCCAAGAGUUAGAUUAAUGCAUAUGAAGCUAUAGCCAGAGCAGAGUUACCUUAGUCCUUAACUUGUGGUAAGAAAAUGAAAUAUGUUCCUCAAAAUGUCAAACUAUCCUUUAAAUACAUUGUGUUUUCAUGUAGGAUGUGGAUGUACAUAAUUAAUCCAGUGUGUUGAAAUCAUUUUGUAUCAUGUAUUUUGUUUUAUAUUCCAUAUUUCAUUACUAACAAACCUAACAAAAACUUUUUGGCCCUAUUUUCCAUUUCUGUUCUUGUAACAAAUGAAGCAAGCGUCAGUGUAGCGAUCAGAUUUCUGUUCUUUUGCAAUCUCGGUUCUGAUCGGAUCGGGUUAUUUCUGGCUUUCCCCAACAAGAAACGUCUGCAACAAUUCACUCUGUGUUUUACGAGGAGCAGUGUCAGCUCAACUGUUGCUUAAUAAUGGAGUUUAGACCACAGACUUCUAAAGCAAAUCACAGAAGUAGUAGUGCUAUCCUUGUGGAUUUAGAAUAAUUGCCAGUUCAGUCAAAUUGAUUUAAGACAAUUGACUGAAAGGUUUAGUGUGGACAGCCAAAGAGUUGAAGGUGAGCGCCCUUAUUUUAAAACAAGCCCUUCCUGAACAGUUUUAAAGCUUGUGUGUUUUGCGGUCUUUUGUCCAAACUAUGAGGCUGAAUUAAGUGAGGACCCUCUUCAGAUUUCAGUCAGAAAACUCAUCUCCACUUAAUCCUAUUUAUACAAUAUUCUGCCUGAAGUAUAUCUAUGGCAACGCCUCUUUAAAGCACUGGAACUCCCUCAUGUUAUUCGCUAACCGGGAAGCAGACGACAAACGUCUUGACCCAGUUAAGCUCUGAACCUCCAGCACCAGACAAGCGUUCACGGUUUGGCCGUGGCGAAUCAAUUAUUUUGCACGAUGUCUGAUUUUGAUGUUUAUCUGGAUCCACAUCAGAGGUGUGUGUCACCCACAGGUGAACGCCUCCUUGGUGCUGAAUGCUUUUGGUUAAAAAAUGUAAAAUUCAAUGUUCUGAAUAUAUUCAAAAUGCCGGAGGUGGUCUUCAACUGAACUCGUGUGACAGACAAGCAAAUUCUCUUUGGUCUGAGUUUGUCCUACAGCUAGAAGCCUGUCAGCUGUGCGCAUGCAGCCAUAACAGUCUUUCCCACUGGGUUGGGUUACCUCUGUUUGUACUUUUUGCCUCCCCUCCCACAUGGCAGAACUGACCUGCAUCUGCUUACACAUAGUAUUAUUUACACCAUGCCUCUCCUUCACAAUUUAAUUCCCUCCUCGCACCUUAUUUCAGUUUUAUGACCUACAUACACAGCUGGCUAUGCACCCCAAAGUCGGGGGGAUUUUCCACAAUGACUGAAUCCAGAGUCUUUAUAAAAAGUAACAUAAUUAAAAUAAACAUAUGUAGCCUUGGUAGAGGUGAGGCUGUAUGUAUGUCAAUGUCUCAGCAAAUAUUUAACAGAUUAAGGUGAUGCUUGGUACAUUUGACACUCAUGGUGUUUGGUUACUUUCCCUUCAGUGCCCAGCAGAAGAUUUAUAAUUGUAAUAUUAAGUUAAACCUCAACAAUAGCUAUCAAAUUGGGUACAAUCGUGUCCCCCUCAAUUAACCUAAAGAAACUAACCUCUUAACGUUUUUUAUUUUGCUUUGUUAUCUGGUAGAAAUUCUAUUCUGUCCGCUAUUUUGGUUUAGCAUGAUAACACCAUAAAUUUAAUGGUUAAAAAACAUAACUGCUAAACAUCAACAUGGUGAUACUGUGAGCAUGUUAGUGAUGGCGUCGUCAUGGCACUAGCACUCAUUCACAGCUGUUCAUCAAGAAAACAGGUUUGUCUAAAACGCGUGAUUUCUAAUGUAGAUUAUUAUAUAUGGUAUUAUAUUGAUUAUUUAUAUAGUACUAUAUAUUAUAGGAAGCAAACCCCCAAGUGUGGAGCUUUUGUCUCCCCCUCGUGGCAGUGAGGAUAAUUACACAAACUCCAUUUAUAUGCUUAUGACAUAUCUAGACCUGAAUCCCUCCUCUGAGCAGAUUUUUUUUUUCCAUUUGAAGCAUCAUAAACUUUUCUUGGAUGCCUCCGAGGUAUUUCCACCACCGGUUCUGUUUUACUUCUAGUUCCAUUAUUGCUACUGUUGCUCCCAUCUACAGCUCAGGCCAAUCAGUCAUUGCCAGUAGAUAUAAAUUUCUGCAAAAAACUGAUCUUUAAAGAUUAUAGUACAUGUAUAAAUCAACAUAAAAGUAAAUAUAGAGAACACGGUUAACAAAUCUUAACAAUAUUAUACUUGGUUAUGUAUUUAUUAUGAAAAGUGAUCUAAUGUUACAUAUCUGUGAGUGGCAAAGGUGUGUGAACCUUUGCUCUCAGAAUCUGUUUCAGUGUGUUUCUGUGGUGUGACCCUCUUGUGCAACAAUAACUGCAAGUAAACAUUUCUGCUAACUGUUGAUCAGUUCUGCAUAUCAGUUUAUAGGAAUUUUAGUCCAUUCCUUUGCACAGAACAGCUCCGGCUCUGGGAUGUUGGUGGGUUUCCUCCUCACCAACAGUGUUGUUCUUUCUCGAAACAUUACACUUCUAAUUUAAACCAUAAAACCUCUAUUUUGGUCUCAUCUGUCCAACAAAACACUUCCCAAAGCCUUGUGGCUUAACCAUAUGAUCUUUAGCAAACUACAGAUAGACAGUAGUGUUUUAUUUUUUGUUUUUUUGGACAGCAGUGGCUUGGCUCUUAGAGGGAUCUUUGUCAGUCCAUCUCUCCUGGGCAAAGCAACAAGGAUCUAGAGUUUCCUCCAUUUGUACACAAUCUGUCUGACUGUGUGUGAUUGGUGGAGUCCAAACUCUUCAGGGAUAUUUCUGCAAUCUUUUCUAGCCUGAUGAGCAUCAACAACUCUUUUUCUGAGCUUCUUAGAAAUCUGCCUCGUUUGUGCCAUGACACACUUCCACAAACAUCCAGGCUUGCGUGCAUUCAUUGUGAGGAUCAGACUUUGGCAGAUGCCUGUUCUUUAAAUCCCACAGAGCGUCUACGUGCACCUGACUGUCAUCCCACUGAUUAUAAACACCAGACUCAUUCCACCUUCAGAUUACCUGCUAAUCCUGACUUUCACAUACUUUGCCACUCACAGAUUUGUAAUACCUGAUCAUGUUUCUCAAUAAAUAAAUGGCCAAGUGCAGUAUUUUGUCUUAUUAUAUUAAAAUUAGGUCCAUCUGCUCUUCAAUGAAAAUCUGAUGAUGUUUUCGGUCAAUUUAUGCAGACAUACAGAAAAUUCUAAACUCCCAAGCACCAUUGUAAAACUAUAACACACAGAGAGAUUGACCUGGCACUGAUAGGCUUAAUCAGCAUUGUGUAAACUCAUGUGGCAGGAAUGUAACAGAUGUUCAUGUAUAUGUACAAGUCCAGCUUUAAAUCCACAUUCUGUCUAGUAUAUGUACAAUGAGGCUGACGUUGCUCUUUUUAGUUGCAAAAUGUUGAUUUCUUGCUGUUUGAAGGGAAUGUCUCAUAAUAUAAAUGUCAAAGUUGUCUGAAAGUAGCAAUGUGAGCUCUCAGUGCUGUCACACUGCCAUGUUAGCCUUGUUUCCAAACCUCUGCGGCCGAUGUUUGUUAGUGGAAACCAGCAGCAGUUGUUUUUAGGGUACUUUCCUCAUCAUAAAAUACAUUUGUAGGCAGCUGUAUAAAUAUUGUAGAGGACAGAUACUGUAGCAACUAUCUAUCUAUCUAUCUAUCUAUCUAUCUAUCUAUCUAUCUAUCUAUCUAUCUAUCUAGUUUUUACUUGCAGUCAUUUAAAGCACAAUGAGAUUACAUUUACAGUCCAACUAUGAGGAUGGAAACUGCUGUAGAUUUCAACAAUCACAAAGACUGUGAAGAUGAUUAAGUAUUAAAGAAUGUAUAAAAACAUGAGCAUAAAUAUCAGCCUUUUGUAAAGAAUCGUAGAUUUUCUUUUUUGACUUUAUAGUGUUGUUAAAUUACAUUUGAUUUUUGAUAUGAGCUCAGUAUUUAUUUUUACAAGUGCUAUUGCAAGGAUCCAAUCAUGUCUUGAAAGACUACUGAAACAAUGAAUGACAGAUUUUACUCUGUGUCUUCCCAUCUUUCUCCUUCUCUUGUUUUUAUAUUACUGCAAAUUAAUACUGCAAACAAAUGAAUGCUGUAUUUUAUUGACAGUUAAAUUGCUGUUGUUAUGGACUGUAUAUUUGCCUGUUGCACCUUGCGCAUGUCUCCCUUCUUGUCUUUUUCCCGACAGAAUUGUAAAAAUAAACCUUUACAAUCAACAAA